UUAGCGCAACACAUUCUACAAAAAUUGGCUGCUCGCGCAUCAGCGCGCACACACCACAAUCUGAGAAUACCUAUCCUGUCUCCGAUCACCAUCUCUUCAGCGAAUUUCGCUUUUGGAGCCCUAUCCAUGGCCGAUCGUCGUCUCUUCACUUUCAUGCUUUUUGUACUAUCGGCAGUGUGCUGCUCCCUCACUGAAGCCGGGUACAUCAGCUACAACACCAACUCCGUGAUCGUCCCCGGUAAGAUCAACGUCCACCUCGUUGCUCACAGUCACGACGAUGUCGGGUGGCUGAAAACCGUUGAUCAAUACUACGUUGGGUCUAAGAACGAAAUCCAGGGAGCUUGUGUUCAGAAUGUUUUGGAUUCGGUUGUCUCGGCUCUUCUAGCAGAUAGGAAUAGGAGGUUUAUCUAUGUGGAACAGGCGUUUUUCCAGCGCUGGUGGAGACAGCAGAGCGAUGCGACCAAGAAGAUUGUGAAGGAGCUCGUCAGCUCGGGUCAAUUGGAGUUCAUAAAUGGUGGCAUGUGCAUGCAUGAUGAGGCGGCUCCGCAUUAUAUUGACAUGAUUGAUCAGACAACCUUGAUCAGACAACCCUUUGGCCAUCUGUUCAUUAAGCAGGAGUUUGGUCAAAUACCAAGGAUUGGGUGGCAGAUUGAUCCUUUUGGACAUUCAGCUGUACAAGCUUACUUGCUCUCGGCCGAGGUAGGAUUUGAUGCUCUUUAUUUUUCUCGAAUUGACUACCAAGAUAGAGAAACACGGAAAAAGUUUAAAACUCUCGAGAUUGUGUGGAGAGGAUCCAAGACACUUGGCUCUUCAUCUGAUGUUUUUACUGGCAUUUUCCCGAAGAACUAUGAACCUCCUCCUGGUGGUUUUUAUUUUGAGGUUAAUGACAAGGACCCGGUCAUUCAGGAUGAUCCUCUUUUGUUUGAUUACAACGUGCAAGAGCGAGUUAAUGAUUUUGUUGUUUCUGCUUUAUCACAGGCAAAUAUCACUAGAACAAAUCAUAUAAUGUUCACCAUGGGAACUGAUUUUAAGUAUCAAUAUGCAAAUUCAUGGUUCAGACAGAUGGACAAAUUUAUUCAUUAUGUUAACCAGGAUGGCCGAGUUAAUGCCUUGUACUCAACCCCUUCUCUGUACACUGAUGCCAAAUAUGCAUCAAAUGAAACUUGGACUCUCAAGACGGAUGACUUCUUCCCUUACGCAGAUGGUCCAAAUGGAUACUGGACAGGAUACUUUUCAAGUAGGCCUUCUUUCAAACAGUAUGUCAGAAUGUUGAGCGGCUACAAUCUGGCAGCCAAGCAGCUAGAAUUUUUGAAAGGAAGGGACAGCUCAGGGCUCACCACUGACAGUUUGGCUGAUGCUUUAGCAAUUGCUCAACAUCAUGAUGCAGUUAGUGGAACUGAGCAACAGCAUGUGGCAAAUGAUUAUGCUAAACGACUAUUUAUAGGCUAUACAGAGGCUGAGAAGCUAGUUGGGUUAUCACUUGGUUGCUUGACAGAGUCUUCGUUAAAUUCGGAUUGUUACAGCCCGAAAACAAAUUUUGAGCAGUGUCCGCUCUUGAAUAUAAGCUACUGCCCGCCAUCAGAAGCAGACUUCUCAAAUGGAAAAGACCUGGUUGUUCUUCUGUACAACUCACUUGGUUGGAAAAGGGAUGAUGUGAUCCGAAUACCUGUUUCAAGUGAUUCUGUCACUGUCUUGGAUUCUGCCAACGGCAGAGAAAUUGAAUCUCAACUUUUACCUAUCAACGAAGCUUCUGUGCGCAUACGAAGUCAAUAUGUCAAGGCCUAUCUUGGUGAAUUCCUUGAUGUUGCUCCCAAAUUUUGGCUUGCAUUCCCAGUGUCUGUACCACCAUUUGGUUUCAGCACAUAUAUUGUCUCCAAUGCUAGAAGCCAAGCUUCUGCUGCUACUAUGUCGUCUUUGCAUCCAUCAAAAGAAAGCAAUGAUGGUUACAUUGAGAUUGGACCGGGAGAGUUGAAGCUUUUGUUUAAUGCCAAUGAACAUGAACUCUCUUAUUAUACUAACAGCGGGAGAGCUGUCAACUCAUCUUUAAAGCAGUCAUAUAAGUUCUAUGCUGGAUCUGUUGGAGAAUACACUGAUCUACAGGCAUCUGGAGCUUAUGUUUUUCGCCCAGAUGGUACUUUCCCCAUCAAAUCUGAUGAUAAGGUGCCAUUUAAUAUUCUCCAUGGACCCAUAUUGGAUGAAGUGCAUCAACAGAUUAAUCCAUGGAUCUAUCAGAUUACUAGGGUGUACAAGACAAAGGAACAUGUUGAAUUUGAAUUCCUAGUUGGACCCAUACCCAUUGAAGAUGAAACUGGGAAAGAAUUAGCAACUGAGUUUUCUACAUCAAUGGAGACCAACAAGAUAUUUUACACUGAUUCCAAUGGACGUGAUUUUAUAAAGAGGAUUCGAGAUUACAGAACGGAUUGGGCAUUGCAUGUAAAUCAACCUGUAGCUGGAAAUUAUUAUCCUAUUAAUCUUGGCAUAUAUAUAGAAGAUGAUAACACAGAAUUAUCGCUUUUGGUUGACCGAUGUGUGGGAGGCUCCAGCAUUCAGGAUGGACAAGUUGAAUUGAUGCUUCAUAGGCGAUUGCUUCAUGAUGACGGGAAAGGUGUGGCUGAGGCACUUAAUGAAAGAGUUUGUGUGAAGAAUGAAUGUACAGGAUUAACAGUUCAGGGAAAAUUUUAUCUUAGAAUUGAUCCGUUGGGGGAGGGUGCUAAUUGGCGCCGAACUACUGGACAGGAGAUAUAUUCCCCUCUCCUAGUUGCAUUCACAGUGCAGGAUGGAGGUAACUGGGCGAAUUCUCAUGUCUCAACAUUCUCGGCAAUGGAGUCCUAUAGUUUACCAGGCAAUGUUGCUAUGAUUACCCUCCAGGUUCUGAAAGAUGGAACUGUUCUUCUUAGAUUGGCGCAUCUUUAUGAGGUGGAUGAGGACAAGGAUCUCUCUAUAAUGGCCACCGUUGAUCUUAAUAAGAUAUUUCCUGGAAAGAAGAUCCUCAAGAUUACUGAGACAAACCUCUCUGCUAAUCAAGAGAGAUCAGUAAUGGAGAAAAAGAGAUUAAAAUGGAGAGUGGAUGGGACUCCAGCUAGGGAGAAAAUUGUGAGAGGAGGGCCUGUUGAUCCUUCCAAGCUUCUGGUGGAGCUGGGUCCGAUGGAGAUCCGCACUUUUCUCAUCUAUUUUGAUAAACCGGCGAGCUCGCACGCAGUUCAGUGAUGAACUCGAUUUUUGGCUGAGUUGAGACAAAAGGUACGACUGCUUGGUAUACCUGUAGCUUUUUGUUAAUUAAAUAAUCCAGGCUUGUAUUUGACAUAAUGAGCUUCAUACUGGUUUAAAUGAACACAAGUUAUAGGACAAUAAUUGUUGGUUUUUACGUUCUA